AGAAAUCAUAUAUUAGUUGAAAAAAAAAUCAGUGCGCGGUUUUGCUGUUUUUCUUUUGUGUUUAGAAGUUAAAAGGGAACUACUAUUCCAAUACAUCCUAGAAAGUUUAUAAUCAAGCUGAGCUGGCCAUGUAAUAUGGCUUGCACAAAGGAGGAAAUAGAAAGAAAGCGCCUCGCUGCGUUACAAAAGCGUCAAAACAAGGCACAGGAUCAAAACAAAUCUAUCGUAUCUUCCCCAUCUCCAAUCAGUACACCGUCCCCUCGGACGCCUUUAAGGCAAUCAUGGGCUGGUCCCGUACGAAAUUCUGGUAACUUUGGUAAUGGGAAUAGAACUUUCCAUCCUUACGCAAAGCCUGAAAGCAGCGGGUCGGAAAGCAGUGUGCCGGUCACUAAAGUUGUCAGUGGUACUGUGUACCUCAUUUCGGAAGAGAGGUUCGAGGUUAAUCCGUCGGAAUUCUGCACACCUCUCAUUAAUGUCUUUAAAACUAUACCUUCUAAGAGCUAUGAUCCCUCAUCCAAACUAUGGAACUUCUCCAUAAAUGAUUACCAAGAGUUGAUGUCAAAGGUGGCUCCGCUAGGCCCUCACAUAGUGCUCGGAGCCCUGCCGCAGUUUGUGCUGAAGAUCCUGCGGACGCAGAUCACAGACCCAAGGACUCUGGAUUUGUCUCCCAUUGAGUCUACACUUAGAAAUAAGUUAAUGCCAUUUCAAGAAGAUGGAGUUAGAUUUGGCAUAGCACACCGCGGUCGCUGCAUGAUAGCUGACGACAUGGGGCUCGGGAAGACCUUCCAAGCCCUGGCUAUUGCCAGCUAUUACAAGCAUAACUUCCCGUUGCUCAUUGUUACUACUUCUUCUAUGAGAGAAACUUGGCAGAGCAAGAUCCAUGAGCUCCUGCCCACUAUCCCGAUGAUGAAUAUCAUUACACUGAGUAGCAACAAGGAUGCUCAGCUGGUUGCUGACAGACAGACACAAGUCGUGAUAGUAAGCUACAAGAUGGUGACAAUCCACAAGGAUCUACUCAGGGACAAGAAGUUCGGCGUCGUUAUUAUAGACGAAUCUCAUCAAGUGAAGACCCCAAACGCCAAAUGCACGCUAGCGCUCAAGAGUAUCUCAAAAUUGAGUGCUAGAAUGAUAUUGUUGAGCGGCACACCGGCUCUGAGUCGACCUAUUGAACUUUACACUCAGCUUGAGCUUAUUGAGCCUAAGCUCUUCAACUCCUACAAUGAAUAUGGUAAAAGGUACUGCGCAGCCAAGCAAACCAAUUUCGGCUGGGACAUGACCGGGCAAUCCAACUUGGCUGAACUGCAAGUUAUACUGCAGAAGCGGUUCCUCAUCAGGCGCACCAAGGAGGAAGUGCUUACUGAACUGGAACAGAAGACCAGAGAAUCAGUGCUCCUUGACGAGACGCUCCUAGAAUUCACAAAGGAAGACAAAACAGGUCUCACGCAGAUGGCGGAGUCCUACCGGUCCUGCAGGGCCUCGGAACGCCAUACUGCGCUGUUGAAUUUUUUCAGCGAGUCGGCCCGUGUCAAGAUACCCGCUAUAUGUAAAUACAUCCGUCAACUACUAAGUUCUUCCACCGACAAGUUCCUAGUGUUCGCUCACCACCGCGCCGUGAUCGACGCGAUAUGCUCCACGCUCGACGAGGAGGAGGUUCAUUACAUCUGCAUCACCGGCUCCACGCCCACUAACGCCCGGGCGGAUUUAGUGGACAAAUUCCAGUACGUGGAGUCCUGUCGGUGUGGGGUGCUAUCAAUAACUGCUGCCAAUAGCGGUCUCACACUCACGGCGGCCAAGUUAGUGCUGUUCGCCGAACUGCACUGGAACCCGGGGAUCUUGACGCAAGCGGAGUCGCGCGCGCAUCGAAUAGGGCAGCAGGGUGGCGUGUGCGCGCGGUAUUUGUUAGCGAGAGGGACCUGUGACGACUACAUGUGGCCCAUGCUGCAAGGAAAACUCAAUGUACUGAACAACGUUGGCCUCAGCGGGGACUCGUUUGAAGGCACCACCACCAAACACCAAGAAAGCAGAACCAACAUAACCCAGUAUCUUAGCCCGAAAUGUCCGAAGAACCCAAACGACUACAUCCCAGGCACCAACAUAAGGAAGGACUCCCAAAAGACACAAACCAAUAGUUCAUUUACCACAUUAGGUGAUUUUAACGAGUCAAAGAACCCACAGACCAAUAAUCAUAACAACAGUUUAUUUAACACAUUAGGUGAUUUUGUCGAGUCAAAGAACCCACAGACCAAUAACAAUAACAACAGUUCAUUUACGACAUUAGGUGAUAUUGGACAAAGUAGUUUUAGUACCACAUUAGGCGAUUUCGAUGAGCCUUUCGAUACUAGUGUGAAUGACGCAGAUAUGACUAAGUCGUUUUUGGAUGAUGAUGAGGGCGAUGAGUUGCUGGCUGCGUUGGAUUUAUGAUACUAGAUUUAGAGGGUCAUGAAAUAUCGGGUCUCUAUUGUUUCCCAAAUAGUUUUAAGUCGUAAUAAUAUAUUGUUAGUCCGAAUUUUCGUUAGUCAUAAUUGGUUUUUCUCAGAAACGCGUAAUUUUUCAGGAUUGCCAUAAAACAAACCAAACCUAACCUAUCUAUAGAAUAACCUUACGAAAAUCCUGAAAAGUUAACGGUUUCAGUUUUAUGACUAACGAUAAUAAUAUGACAAACAAUACAUUAUGACUUAAAACUUUAUGGGAAACAAAGGGACCCCGAAAUAUCUCAUAAGCAGCCGAGACGAGGCGAUCACAAUCCAAUGUUUCACGAUUUUUGGACAUCGACGCCCAUAUUGGAAUUAUGUCGAAAAUUCUUUCGGAAUGUAUACGAUUGCGGAUUACGGCUAUAAAGAUUUAGAUAGAUGGUUUUAUAAUUCUUUUAUGGAUUCGAAAUAAUUCGGUAGGGACACUGAAUGGAUAAUAGGUACGUACAAAAUUUUUACUGUCUUACAAAACCAAGAUUUUAACAAACGAAAUCGUUCUACGUAUGACCUCAAUGACCUGUUUACAUAUCUGCACUUUUUUCUCAAGUGCCACGCAAAAAACGAAUAAAAAAAACCGCACACAAGAAAUUGUUAUUUAUGGUCCUUUGAGCCGGAUAAAAUCUUUGUAAAUACAUAAGACUGAAUACAAUAUUUAUCGAAUGAAUAGCAAUUGCCGAGCGUGAUUGUGAAGUUUUUCUCAAAAUCGAUGUUUCUCUAUGUUGUCCUGAUUAAACAAAAAUAUUUUGUAUUUUUUUUAUAGAACUAAUUUAAUAUUGUGUACUUGAUAAUUGCAAUAAAAACAUCUCCUUAAAUAACAAAUGAGUUAUUGUUGUUGUUGAGUUGAAUGUAGCAGAGGGCCUACCGCGAACACAGAGGUUCGAAAAAUUGCAAAUUAAGGCGUAAUUAGAGUGCCAGAGAAUUCGCGGUAGACCCUCUGAGUCAGUAACUAUUUAUAUUUUCGAUUUCCUUUACCUUCUACACCUACAUGUACCUACAGUCAAGGUUUAAAAUUAUCGAAACGACUAAUUUAGCGUAAAAUCACUAAUUGCAGUCAGCAUUUAAACUUAGUAGCUAAGCGGGCAAGGUAUUCAAAAUUAUGUGCACACACUUCGCUGGCCCAAUAUUACAGGGUUCCAUGUAACAUUUUCAAGACAGUUGAAAUUCGACUUAAUGUCACUAUGAUAAUGUUCAAAUUUCAGUUCGAUAAAAGUGAAACAUAGAACCCUAGACAAAUAUUGGGCCAGCGACUUACUUGUUCUUAGUAAAGGUGUGUAUAAUUAGUACAUUAUGAUAUAACUCAUAUAACUGCGCUACGUUGGUCAUUAGUCAUUACACAACGAGGCGAUAUUGUGAGCUGGAAGCGAGCGCGUCAUAAGAAAGCCGAAGUGUGUAAUGACCAGUGAUAGUUAAUUUUCCAGCAAUUUUCGUGCAGCAUAGUAAAAAUAAAGGAUUUUGUUCAAUUUUUAGGGUUCCGUACCUCAAAAGGAAAAAACGGAACCCUUAUAGGACUCGUGCGUCUGUCUGUCUGUCUGUCUGUCUGUCUGUCUGUCCGUCUGUCACAGCCGAUUUUCUCCGGAACUACUGGACCAAUCAAGUUGAAAUUUGGUACACAUAUGUAAGUUUGUGACCCGAAUACGGACAUGUAACGUAAACAAAUGAAUUUUAAACAUGGGGACUUUUGGGGGGUAAAUGAAAAAAUUAAAAAAAAUAUUUUUCAAACUAUAUCAUGUUACAUAUCAAAUGAAAGAGCUUAUUGUAAGGAUUUCAAAUAUUUUUUUUUUAUAAUUUUCGAAUCAACAGUUUAGAAGUUAUUCAAGAAAAUAGGCAAAAAAUGACCAUUCGCCCCCCCCUUAUCUCCGAAACUACUAGGUCUAAAAUUUUGAAAAAAAUACAUAAAAUAGGUCUAUACCUAUAGAUGACAGGGAAACCUAUUAGAAAUGUACAGUCAAGCGUGAGUCGGACUUAAUUACAGUUUUUAAUCCGACCCCUACGGAUUUUUUAAAGAGAUUUCACUCACGUUUCACAUAAAAAAUACAUUGUUAACAGUGCCGGAUUACUUAGAGUAGUAGUUUUCUUAGAGUAAUUGGUGAUAAUUUUCUGAUAACAUAAUCAUUUUAAAUAUUUAACGGUCUUACCUACUUACGAGUAAUUGUAAGGUGAAAUUAAAAAUAAUGUUUAAAAAAAAUGUUAAAUUGAGAGCUAGCUUAAAGUUUUUUGUACUCGUCGACUUUAAUGGUUGAAUUAAUAAAGACUUUGUAACCAAUAAGCAAAACAAGCACGUGCUUAGGGCACCACGUUCAGGAGGGGCACCAAAAUGCCAGGUUGAAAAAGGUGAACAAAUUUUAAAAUUAGGGACAGACAUCGUUUUUACCACACGAUUUUUUUUAGCUGUCCAAAAGCUAAUUUGCAAAAAUAAUGGCGCGUAAUUCUUUGGGAAACAAUCGGUACCAGUAGAAGAGUCGUGAUUACAUGCAUAGAUUCGAUUUCAACCCACUCUUUUGCGGUUCGGCGUUAGGUCUUAUGCGAGGCCUUCUGCCUUAAUUACACUUGGGCGUGGAUCCAAAUCCAAGCUUUCCUCUUUCGCAGCUAGGCCUACUGCCUUUCUCACACUUCGCCAAUUCAAUUCCAAGCUCUGCUUUCUUGCAUAUUUUAUGCAUGAAAACAACCUCGAAUAUCGAAGCCUAAGAAAUAUCGAGCCCUAUGCGAAGCUAGGCUGAUAGAAAACUGUCCCAUCCCUUCUCUGUAUGAAAUCCUGGAUUCGCGCCUGGUUGGGACUAAAAGUAAAAUUGCGUUUGUAUAUCGAAAAAUUUUCGCGCUCGCUUCGCUCGCGUUUUCAAUUACUUUAUAAGGUAUGAUAAAGGUGACAUCAGGGUGGCGACUGCAGCAACAUUACUCUGUUGCAACGUUACUGCUGCAGGACUGUCAACUUCCGUGAUAAAAUGAUGUGACUGAUUUCCAUACUAAAAGUAAAAAUUUACAACUGUCUAUCAUAUUGCGUUUUUAUAUCGAAAAAUUUCCGCGCUCGCUUCGCUCGCGUUUCUAUCUUUCUAAGCUAUGAUAAAGGUGA